AUGAUGAAAUAUGAUUUGGAAAGCUCAACAACGACUCCAGAUUUAAUGGGAAGAAGAAACAUUAAUUAAUAAAUCCUUCGUAAAUUAAGAAAUUUGGUUGAUCAUAUACCUUAUUCUGAUUAAGAAGUGCCAAUAAAUGAUUAAUAUAUAUUAGAACUAUUAGCAGUUUUAGUGAAGAUAUUCAAUAGUGGAUUAGAUAUGUUAGUAUAGAAUUUAGAAAUGCUUAGCAAAUUUAAAGUCCAUAAUUAUCUGAGGUUCACAGUGGAUUCUUCAAUCAUCUUUAUCCUGUAAUAGAGAAUAGAAAGUCAACAAAAUUCAUAUAGAAGUGCCUCAAAUUCAUCAAAGUAGACAGACUUAAAGCACCAAUCUGGAUUCUAUUAGAAUUGAAUUCAAAUACUCUUUUAGAAUUUAUAUUAUCUAAUGACACAAAGGAGAAAUAUUAGAAUAAUGCAUGUAUAAAAUCAGGAGACUUAGUUGAUAUAUUAGAUAGUUAUUAUUCCAAACAUAUUACUUUAAUUGGAGAUAAAAUUUAUGAUCUUCCAACACCUUUGUAUAGAGAAUAAACUUAAACAAAGACAUUCUUUCCUUAACCUCCAAAUAUAUCAAAUAAUAUGUAAGGAGAUCUCUUUGAAAGAUUUUAAUAAUUUGAAGAUAUUUAACCAAUUAAACAUGUAUUUUCUUUAGAUUGUGAUGAUUCAACAACUCAUGCACCUACUCAUAGAAAAUAAGAUAUGGAAACACCAGAUUUAAAUUUUGGAAGUCCAUUAAUGGAAUAAGAUUCUAUCAAAGGAGAUGAAUCAGAUUAAGAAUUACAUAAGGCUUUACCUUAAUAUAUAUCAUUUUAAUGCAAAAAAUCUACUAAAUUAUUAAGAGAAUUAAGAGAUAAAUAAGUUGAAGAAUAUUGGAAUUGCUAAUAAACACCUAUUAAUAAAUUUAAUGGCUAAUGUCAUGCUUGUUCAACUUAAAUUCAAAAAAGUCAAUACUUCUUUUUUAAAGGAACUGCUUAAUUUUGUCAUUAUAGUGGUUUAUAUUUUUGUAAUUAAUGUAUUAGUCCUCAGUUAAGUGUCAUUCCACAUUUAAUACUUAAUUAAUUUGAUUUUACAUAAUAAUAAGUAAGUAAAGAGGCUUAUGAUACUAUAAAAAAAAAUAUGGAAAAAAUCAUCUUUUAAAUCAAUUAUUUUGAUAAUGUUGUUUAUAAGAAUCAAAUUUUAUAUGAUUUUUUAAUUAAAAAACGAUCUCUAAGAUUAAUGUAUGAUUUGUUAUGUCAAGACUUUAAUUUUGAUUUCAAUUUCACAUAAAAUUACUCUCAUUUAAUAUUACCUAUCAAUCUUUUUAGUCUUAAAAAUUUCAUUGAAAUUAAUAAUAAAACUUUAUUUAAAAUCGUAAAUGAAGCUUAUGAUUAUGGCAUAGAUCAUAUAUCUAAAUGUCCAUAAUGUUAAAAAUUAAGUGUAAAAUGUGCUGAAUGUUUAAAAGGUAAUAUAUACAUCUUUGACAUUGUUGGAACUUAAUAUUGCAGAAAAUGCAAAAAGAUAUUCCAUAGAUCAUGUUUUUAUGAUAAAUGUACUAAAUGUGGACAAAACCAAUAUAUUAACAGAAACAAAUUACAACGUUGA